CAUCUGGUAUAAUAAAAGCAAAAAUGGAGACUGACGAAAUUGCGAAAGGGGAACAAUUUAUUUUGUCUUCUGGCGGAAACCCAUUGAUGAUUACAGUUGGAUGUCCUGAUAACAAAGCAAAUAGAAGGUCAGUUAAACAAGUAUCUCUUCAGAUGAUUAAAGAACUUCAAAUAGUGUUAGAACUUUCCCUUAAUAAAACAGGGCUAUUGAUAUCUACUCUUCGAAAAGGAAUGGGAAGUAAGUUGGCUGUAGAAAACAACAUUUUUGGAAAAAUGAGUUACUUAGAAGAGUCUUUAUUGUAUUUUUAUCAAGUAGAAAAGGUCAACUUCUUUGAUAGUACCGGUGGCACUUCUAUAAAAGACCUUGUUUUUGUUCAAGACACAUCUAGUUUUAUUCUUGAUUUAAUUACUCAACAUUGUCUUGAUCCCCAGUCAGCAUUUGUUCGUAUUUCUAUGGAUGCAGGAGGUGGUUUCAUGAAGGUCAUCGUAAAUGUUUUCGAUGUUAAUGAAAAUACUACUUCAAAUUUAUACUUAAAUAGUGGUGUACAACGAUGUCAAAUCCUCUCUAUAGUUGAAGAUGUGCAAGAAUCUAACUUCAAUUUAAGAAUAAUUUUAGAGAAACUCAAUUUACAAGAUGUUAAGUUUUCAGCAGCUUUUGAUUUGAAAUUUGCUAAUGCAGUUUUUGGAAUAUCAAGCCAUGCAGGUAAAAAUUCAAACCAACGUGGAACAGGUUCAAACGACAAGUUGCAAACAAAGAAUAUGGUGGAAGACUCCUCUCUUCUGUUAUUGAUUUUAACGGAAGAAGAUCGAAAUAUGAUGGAUGAAAAUGAGGAGACCAAAAUGGGAAGUAUGUUGACAGGUUUUAUGAGAGUUGGCAAACUUUCUGAGGCUGAAAAAGUAAAAAUAUUUAAUGCAGAUUCUUAA